AUGUUGUACCGUAAAUGGACACUGGAGCAAUUAUUCUCUUAUGACCAAUAUAAAACAAUAGAAAAGACAGCUUAUUUUCCUGUUGUUUAUAUAGCUAACCCUUUUGAUCCCAUUCAUGUCGACAGGUUAAUCAAAGGGCAUGAUCGAGAAGGAUGGAAGAUCCAAGUAACCUGUCAUCAUUACCAAACAAUAGAAAGACUGCGGUUGUAUUUAACAACAAACCCUAUGGCCUUAAACCUGAUGAUAGCUGCUAUAGAGGUUGAUGUAUCUCACUUGUACAUCAUGCUUGACACAGCACAUUAUGUGUCUCGGUCGAUGCGUGUUUAUAUGCCAUGGUGUAAACGUAUUUGGACAUUGGUUACAAGAGCACAUAGGAUGGCAGUCACUGGUGUCUAUUAUUCUGUGUUAGGAGGUGCAUUUUGCUCUUUAGGGAAAAACAAUAAAGACUAUGCAUAUAAAGCGAGUAUAUUAGCCAUUGAACAAAUUAAACUAGCCAAGAAACUCAAAGACCCUAUUCUCGAGUGCAAAUGUUGGUUGUAUUUUGCAGAAGAUUUAAUCCAGUUAGGUCAGUUAGACAAAGCAGAAAAGAUGAUUAGCCAUCAACAGUCUUUUAUUUUGUCCAUGCAGGAUACUACUCAUGUUGGAAGCUGUGUCAAGUAA